AAUAGUUUAUCGGUGUUCAAGCAUGGUGCUAAAAUUAACUUUGAACGUAGAUUUCCGUUUCUGGUUUAGCACGUGGACGUUUAUAAAGUUUGUUAGACAAGUAAACUGUAAGUGAAUAUAAGAAGUGAUCAAUGGAGUCUCGAAGGAAACAUAGAGCAAGAAGAAAAAAAUGUUGUAUGUCGAGCAACUACACGAAGUUUCUGAAGAAUCUUCACACAGAGCAAAUAGCGAAACUCCACGCUAAGAAUCAACAUGAGUGCGAUUUGUUGGAAGAUCUGCGCACUUACACCAUCAAACGAUCGGCAAUUGAGAAGUCGUACUCCGAGGCGCUGCUGAAAAUAUCAUCGGCGUAUCUGAAUAAGAAAAUACCAAACAUUCCUGAUCUGAAGGUAGACGGUGCUGAAGAAAAAUGGAACAUGUGGAACGUUUGGCGCACCGUCUUGGAGGAGAACGAAAAGUUGGCUCGUGCUAGACUUGCAGCCGUUGAAAUAUUUCAACAGCAGAUCGCUGACGAAGCAAAAGUCUUGCGACAGCAUAAGCUUAAUGUCGCCAAAAAGACUACGGAUUAUCUGGCCCAAGCACAUAAAGAGCUACAAUUAACAGUUUCGGAUAUUGACAAAACCAAAAAACUCUAUUUCGACGAAGAACACACGGCCCACGAUGUCAGAGACAAGGCUAAAGAUAUUGAAGAAAAGUUGAAGAAGAAAAAAGGUUCCUUCUUUCAAUCAAUCACUUCGUUGCAAAAGAACAGUGCAAAAGUGUCAUCUCGAAGAGACCAGUUGGAAGAGAAAUCAACCGGAGCGAGAAAUGAUUAUCUCCUGAGUAUUUCCGCUGCUAAUGCUCAUCAGAAUCGCUAUUUUCUUGUCGAACUGCAAUCGUGCAUGCAAAGCAUGGAAGCGUCUGUAUACGAAAAAGUUUCCGAAUUUCUUACGCUGAUGGGUCGUACUGAAUUACUAACCUGUUCUGCAACCCAACAUUCCUUUGGCAAAAUCAGAGAUCAGGCUCAACAGCUGACUCGAGAAUACAAUCUGCAGUGUUUAUACUUGUACUACCCUGUUCUAAAACAACAUAUUCAAUAUGAGUUUGAGCCUUGCGACAACGAUCCUGUUGAUACUGUAACCAUGGAACACGACACUGUAUCUCAAACUCUAGCCCAAGAAGCACGUCGAUGGGCAACUCGGGUAGUAAGGGAGACUGCUCUCGUCAGAGAUGCUACGCGUAAACUACAUUUGUACCAAGCUAUGCGAGAUGCAGGACAAAAGGUUGAUCCGAAUGAUCCAAAUGGACCCGAACUGGAAGUUCGUAUGGACGAGCUAAAGUCCAAUAUCAGGCGUUCCGAAACCUCAAAAGUAAAAUACGAGGCCAGGUUGGAAUGUUUACGGCAUAGUGGUGCUCCUGUGGAUGAAUGGUUGAAAGAAAUCGACUUGCUUGCAGUACAGGAAACUCUGCCGCGUAGCAGCAGUCUCCUUAGUAUUCGCACUGAUGCAUCAGGUGCAGCAGAUCAACCAAGUUCAGAUUCAUUUUACGACAGCGAUAAUACUGAAGGUGAAGCACCUUCAACAUCGGCGGUGGCUAGUACAUCUGGAGGCCAUCAGCGUACAACAUCUGAAUCUCAAAAUGAAGACGAGCAUGAUGAAGACGUUGACGCUGCAUUAGAAGAAGAACGGAUGCGCAUUGAACAACUUACAGUUGGGUGGGAUGAUCCUACCCAAGUCAAUUGGGGUGAAACAGAGCCCGAAGCUCCUGCUGCUCCAACUACUGAGCCACCUGCAGCUCCAUUAUACAAAUGUACCGCUUUGUACUCGUACACAGCACAAAAUCCUGAUGAACUAUCCAUCAUUGAGAAUGAACAACUGGAAGUGGUUGGAGAAGGAGAUGGAGAUGGUUGGCUUCGUGCACGAAACUAUCGAGGAGAAGAAGGCUACGUACCUCAUAAUUAUCUGGACGUCGAAAGGGAGCAGGCAACUAGCGCUCCGGGAUUAGUUACCCAAAUAUCAUUUUCAUCCGUGGAUUAUACAGUGGAAGGUGAAGACGCAGACGUUGUGCAAUCACCAGAUCAAAUCUCAGUAAUUUCCGCUCCUGUUGCCAAGCCAGAUGAACCUAAAGCUGAUGAAAAACCAGUGGCAGUGGCAGAAGCGAAACCUGAUAACACGGAAACCAUCGGAUACUGCUUCUCUUUGUAUGAUUAUGAGGCUGAAGCUGCUGACGAACUAAAUCUCGAGGAAGGACAGCUAAUCCGUAUUAUCUCACGUGAUGCUCACGACGUAGACGAUGGCUGGUGGCGUGGAGAAUCCAAUGGUGUCAUUGGUAACUUCCCAUCUCUUAUCGUCGAGUUGUGCGAUGAGUAUGGCGAACCAAUGAGUGGUGAAGAUGAUUGGACUCUAUCAGAUUCGGUUCCACCAGUAUUUGCUUCGCCUCCGGAAUCCCCAACUGCUUUCAGCGACGAAAUCAUCAACGAAAACAACAACACUAAGAAUGCUGCACCACCAGCAGACCCGCCGCCACCGCCUCCUCUUGACAAAGGAGACUCUAUGGACAGUCAACCCGACUUCGUCUUUAACCUAGAACUUAGUAGAUUCCAUCACGACCAUUAUGACGCGCAGUUCUCAUCUUCGCCACCAUCGAGCCACCCACAAGUCGUCAUUGUUGUCGAUGAGGCUGUCAGUGAUAUAUUUGAAGACGAGGAAGUGGAGGACCUGCCCCCCGCCCCGAGGCCGAAGCCUGCGCCACCACAAGUUGAAAUUACACAGGAAGAUUGUGGGCUGGGGGUAGCACAGAUCGUCAUUACAGCAGCCACCCCCAUGAUGGAGGAACCAGAACAGCCGUUUCCGCCACCCGAGCCCGAGACACAGCCCGAGCAGCAGGUUGAGGAGCCAGAACGCAUAGAAGACAACGAGGACGAAGAGUCCUCUCUAUCCGAACAGACUGCCGUUUGCCUCCGCGAUUCCGAAGAAGGCCAUGCUGACUCCGCUCCACACCCUGCUUCAAGUUCCACGGCCUCCGAAGGAGAUUCAACUGGGGCCUCAGUAGCUUCAGGACCUCCUACAGCCCCGCAGUCACCACCAUCAGCGCCCCGAGCCGGCCGGGCCUCCAUCCCUGAUGAGUUGGAACCAGCGCAACUAGCCAGGCUCACCGAUCUCAAAGAGUCCAACGCUUAGUCGAUAUGGCUUUUCGACUGAAUUUUUUUUUCCCACAAAAGUUUGACCACAGUUUUUUUAGAACGACUUCACACUAUUUCACCUUAUGAUACUUUUUUAACCGAGACAUUGUAUUGACAUGUUUCAGAUUGUUGUCAAAAUACGACCGUUUCUCACACAAGAAGGUUUUCAUUUGUCUGUAAUUUGAAGGAUUACUUAUUUCAGGUUUAUGAGUAGGGAAAGUAUUUCAACAAAAUUAUCUUAGGGAAAUUCCUAUUUUUCAGAUAGGUAGUCAGUGAUUAUCACCAGUGUUAUUAAUGUAAAACUAAAGAAUCCAGCAAAUCUACAAGCCAGAAACAUACUUAUCCAGUAAUAAAUAAUGAUUCUUUAAUUUUU